GGACUGAGUACCACGCACCUCCUCUUGUUUUCUGAUUUCGCAUUAAGUGUCUGGUCUUGAAAUUUUAGAGUGAACGGAUGAUGAGUUUCGGCAUCAUUUUGAACAUGAGAAUGAUCUUCCUCCAUUAUUAGUCUCCGAACUAAUUAAUAAUUUUACCACAAUAAUUUUGCUUGUCUCGGAAGUCCUGCAAACGAUUUUGUUGCAUUGAAAGUGUUCAUCUUUCCCUGUUUGGCUGUCAAAGAAAAAACUCUCCUGACGUGGUGACUCUUUUUUGGUCUACAGUCUGUGCUGAAUAAUAUUAAUAUUUGCAUUACAAUGAAACAGCUCCACGUCAUUUGAAUUGAAUACUCAAAGAAUCAAUGCAAUCAGGUUGGAAAGACACUCUUGUGAGCAUGAGAGUAUAACACUCGUUAUCUGAUUAAUUUGCAUCCUUCUAUCAGCCCAUCAUGUUAUGUUUGAUUGGGUGAGCUAGAUGGUUGUGAAGCAUUAGAAGUAUUUUGAGAUCACUUGUCUUUUUCAACCUUGUCGACCUCUCACUUCGCUUACAAUCUAAUCUGUCCAGUUGGUCUCUUCACUUUCAGACUAUUACUCAACUGAAUGCAUGCAGCGUAGAAUGUCAUCACUGCUGGCCCACAGCCUCCGGUCUGGACGGAUCAAGGCAGUCCUGUGUGAUAUCCACGGAGUCCUGUUUGACAAUGACGAAGGUAAGACAUACCCGGUGCCUGGAUCGGUGGCCGCAUUCAACUGUCUCGUGUCCAGGGGUGUGCCAGUGAGACUGGUCAGCAAUGAGAGUGCGUGUCCGCCUGAAGCUGUGCUCAAACAUUGCAUCCAGGCGGGACUACAAGUGACAUUAGACCAGAUAUUUGUGACGACGCCAGCUGCUUAUAAAAUCAUCUCAGACAGAAAACUGCGGCCUUUUGUGCUGGUAAAUAAAGAGGUGGAGCAAUUCUUCAGCAGUCUAGACCAGACGAACCCAAACUGUGUGCUGUUAGGAGACGCCAUCGAGAACUUCCACUACGAAUCACUGAACAAAGCAUUCAGAAUCCUGAUGUCGAAUCCAGAUGCCCAACUGAUCUCUCUCGGAGUGGGUAAAUACUACAGGAAAGGUGGAUCCGGUGAGCUCAGCUUAGACGUGGGACCCUUCACCAAGGCACUGGAGUUUGCGACCGGCAAACAAGCCCAAAUUAUUGGAAAGCCCUCCAAGGCAUACUUUGAAGCGGCGCUCAAUGAUGUGGGAGUGAAGGCUUCGGAGGCGCUGAUGAUCGGAGAUGACAUCGUGAACGACGUGGGAGGAGGACAGAGUGCUGGAAUGCAGGCCACUCUCGUUCGCACGGGCAAGUACACGCCAUCAGACGAGCACCAUGCACAAGUGAAACCGGAUCUCAUCGUAGACAACUUCGCAUCUUUUGUCCAUUUCAUUACACAACAUCUCAACUGAGAUCGUUCAUCAAACAGUUGUGCUAAAUCGCAAAUUGUUGGCUAUAUUGUUGACCUUGAGCUCUUAAAACGCUCAGCAAAUUUUACUUCCUUUUUUA